AUGCGAUGGACCAGUAUUCCUGAAACUCACAGGGAGUUCUCAAUAUUACCUAUCGGGUUAUCACGGAAUGGGUCAAAGGGAAAGUACUAUGUUGUCAAGCUGACAGCGACUACACCUUCUCAGCUUAAAGUUUACGUGGUAGAUUCUAAGCGCGGUCAAAGGAAAUUCUAUUGUAUCGAGCAUCCGCCUUGGUCAGAGUCGGGAUGGUGGCCAACGCAAUGCCAGGCCGUGAACUUUAACAAAGCUCUACACUGGUUAGCCCAUGACGGACCUAUUGUAGCUUAUAACCCUAAGUAUAGGCAUGCAUGCAUAAUCAUCCAUCGUUCCCAAGAGAUGCACCAUGCUUCUCAUGGUCAUGGCGCCGUCGUUUCAGAGACCUUAACCGUCUCCAUGGGCCAUCUACGCAUCAUUCAGCUCGUUUGCUAUCCCUUUCCCAAUGAUCAUCACCAUCUUUCUAUUUGGACACUCGUGGAUUACGAACAAUCCUUGUGGAAAAAAGAGCACGAUUCUGUCUAUUUCAGAGACAUGGUUUCUGGUAUUCCGUGGAUACAAGAUUACAUGCGGCAAUAUAAUCUGGAGACAACUAAACAAAUGUCCUUCCUCAUGGCAGUUUUCAUGGAUAAAAGGGCACCUCCAGAAACGAGAAAGCGGAUCAUUUUCCCACACCCUUUACUUUGCCAUCCGAACAAUCCUCUUCUAGUUUACUUGUAUUUACCUGAAAGCAUCGUCUCUCUUGAUGUUGCAACAAAAAAGCUGCAGUUAAUUACCAAAGACAUCAAAAGAGGCACGUGUCCUAAAGUUGGUAGAUACGAAUCAGGAUAUGACAUGGUGAUACCAAUGACACUUCACUUAGAGCCAUCUUUGCUCUCGGACCAUGAGCGUGUGCUGCUGCCAUGUCACAAACGUACACAUGUUGUUAGAUAG